AUGACUUCCACUGUUCUUGUUACUGGAGCUAGUGGCUUUCUGGGCCGUGCUGUCUUCAACACCUUCCAGCACUCCGGUGUGUUGGUCGUUGGGCAGGGAUUCUCUCGCGCUGCCCCGCCUACCAUCUUGAAAGCCGAUUUGGAGAAGCAGGAAGACAUUAAGAGGCUAUUUGACGAAGUGAAGCCCCAAAUUGUCAUCCAUUGCGCCGCCAACAAGUCCCCCGACCUCUGUGAGAAGAACCCGGAUCAAGCCCGCAGAGUGAACGUCGAGGCCACCCGCCUAUUAGCUGCCGAAUGCCAUUCCACGGGUGCCUUCCUCAUCUACAUCUCCACCGACUAUGUCUUCCCCGGUACCGAAGGCGAUGCGCCCUAUGAGACCGAUGCCCAGACUAACCCUCCCAACCUAUAUGGCCAACUAAAGCUGGAUGGUGAGAAGGCCGUCUUGGAUACCAUUGACCCCGGUCUGGGCGUGGUUCUGCGCGUGCCUGUCCUGUACGGUAACGCUAAGGAGAACUCUGAGAGCGCAGUGAACACCCUCGUCGACGCAGUCAAGAAGUCCACCCAAGAGGGAGCUGGUGUAAAUAUGGAUGACUGGGCCCAGCGCUACCCCACCAGCACGGAGGAUGUGGCACGUGUCUGCCGUGACAUUGUCAUCAAGUACCUGCGUGAGAAGGAGAAGCGCAAGGAACUACCGCGCAUCUUGCAGUUCUCCUCCGAAGACCGGAUGACCAAGUAUGAGAUUUGCCAGAAAUUGGCUCAGGUGCUGGGUGUAUCGACCCCUGGCAUGAUUGCCAACAAGCAGGGCAAUGAUCCCAACGCUGGUGUUGUGCGGCCUUAUGAUACCCACCUCUCCACCAAGGCGCUGACCGAGCUUGGGAUUGACGUCCGGACCAUGGACUUCGUCGCGUGGUGGCGUCGCGAGUUGGGUGCAAAUAGGAAAUAA